AUGUCUACAGCUACAAAAACUGUCACAAAGAACCAACCAGAAACUCCAUUUGGUAAAGAGUUUAGAACUAAGUACUUUUCAAAUCAAGAUCCAGAAGUUUUAUUAUUGAAUAAUGGAAGUUAUGGAACAGUUCCUACCCCGAUCCAUGAUAAAUUUGUUGAAUCAAUGCUUCAUACAUCUUCGUACCCUGAUUUACAUUUAAAAUAUAGUUUAAAAGAUACUUAUGUCGAAAGUUUAAAGGUGGUUGGUAAAGUUUUAAAUUGUGAUUAUCAUAAUUUAGCAUUAGUUGAAAAUGCUACUACUGGGGUAAAUACAAUUUUAAGGAGUUUUCCAUUCCAAAAGGGUGAUUCUAUUGUUAUUCAAAGUACUGUUUAUGGUGCUUGUGGUAAUACUGUUAAAUUUUUAAAAGAUAAUUUUGGUAUUGAUUAUCAUGUUGUUGAUGUUAAUUAUCCAACUACAGAUGCCGAAAUAUUAGCUAAUUUUGAAAAAUGUUUUAGUGAAAACAAGCCAAAAUUAUGUAUGUUUGAUUCAGUUUCUUCCAUGCCUGGUGUUAUUUUCCCACAUGAAAAAAUGGUCAAGUUAUGUAAUAAAUAUAAUGUGUUAUCAUUAGUUGACGGUGCUCACGGUAUUGGUUGUAUUCCACAAGACUUAAACAAAAUUAAACCAAAUUUUUACGUAUCAAAUUUACAUAAAUGGUUUUAUGUUCCAUUUGGCUGUGCCGUAUUAUAUAUUGAUCCAAAAUAUCAAAAGUAUAUCCAUACUUUACCUAUAAGUCAUUCAUAUAUUAGCAGUGAUACAGAAUUAUCAGAAGAAGAUACCAAAAAUAGAAUGAUUGAUAGAUUUUGGUUCACAGGUACUAAAAAUUUUGCAUCAAUUGCAACUAUCCCAGAAGCUUAUAAAUUUAGAAAUGAAAUUUGUGGAGGUGAAGAAGCCAUAUACAAUCAUUGUCAUAAUUUAGCUUUAAAAGUUGGUAAAUUAGUUAGUGAAAAAUGGGGGACUUCAAUUUUAGAUCAACCUGAUAAAACUCAAAUUAGUACAAUGGUAACUAUUGAAGUCCCCACUGAUAAAUAUCCUGAAUUUGCAAAGAACUGGUCAAAAUAUGAUAAUUUAGUGUAUCAUAAAUGUUUUGAUAAGAAAGCUUAUAUUCCUUGCGCUAGUCAUAAUGGGAAAUUAUACGCUAGAUUUUCUUGUCAAGUAUACAAUGAAUUAAGUGAUUACGAUAAGGGUAGUGAUAUUUUAAUUCAAGUUUUAGAUGAAGUUGCAAAAGAAAAUAAUUUACUAGUAUAG